AUGGCAUCUCCACGGUGGUCUAACUCCAUGCUGUUGGCUUCACUGAUCCUUCUUCUUUACUGGACGACCUCCUCUGCUCAGUCACAUGACUCCACCUCCACCGACCUCUCAGCCCUCGACAGGUUCAAGAGAAUCUUGCCUGAAGACACCAAAGACAAAACAGAAAAAGGCCUAAAUGUUGUAACACAGUCUCUAAGUGUAAUGAAAGAUGUGGUGGAUUACAUUGGAACUGAAAAUAUAGCAGGUGUGUUGAAGGGGAUCUCUGGCUUUGCCAGCUUGGCGCCUGGCAUCGGAACUCUGGUCUCUUCAAUCAUUGUCUUGGUCUUGGUUUUUAUUCCUCAGCGUGACCCGUUGAGUGAAGGGUUUGCUGAGGUGAACAGGAAACUGGACCUUCUUUCCAUCCAGAUCUCCAACCUGGCAACAGAUGUAGAAUGGUUCAGCUACGCCAGCGUCUAUUCUCAAGAUGAGGUCCGCAUCCUCAACGCCUGGAAGAAGUUAACAGAGUUCCGUGAAAACAGUGGGUUGGUAAAAACUGCUGAAGACAAACUCCGACUGGCAGAGAUAUUCACCAACUACUAUGAGAACACAGCAGUUGAGGCCAGUGUAGCCAACCUCUACCAUUACCUGACAGUCAGCAGCACGUCUCUGAGUGGAAACCUCAACGACCUGCUAAGGAAGAAGUUUAAAUGUAGCAUCAGUGAGAUCGGUAAAUAUAACAUAUAUUUUAGCAGCUUGCUGUGGAGGGGGAUGGUACUCAACCAGCUCUACUGGAAUCUGGUUGGUUUUAACCCAUCAGGCAAAGAAGCUGAACAAACCCAGAUGUUCAAGACCGUCUCCAAGGCUCAGAUAUCAGCUGUGAAGUUCUGCCUGGACAAUUAUAAUAAAUAUAUGAAGGAUGAUGUGGAGGAUAUCGCCAAAGUACUGAAUCCUGACAACAAACAAGCCAUCGCCGAUCAGGUGAAAAAGGCUCUGGACAAGAAGUACAACUGGUAUAACUGGGUGGUGCUGGUGCACCAAACAGGCCCCACAAAAAGUCACACCUUUUAUAAUAUGGAGAAUAUCCCUGUUGGUAAAAUCACUGUGGCUGUGGGCUACACUCAGAAAGCUAACAUAGAAAAAAAAGAGGAAGUAAUAAAAGAGUUGAGUUCUUGUUACAAGCAACCACAAACAAAACAAAUGGGCAAGGUGGUAGGCGAGACAUCUUGUGAUGAUAUCACACAGCAGGAGAUACCACGGUGCAGUCGAAAGGUUUCUGGUGUUUUUGUGAGAGAGUUAGUUAAAGUGAUGCAUGCCAGCUUUAAAGGAGAAACAAAGACAAUUGCCAAAGUCCCAGUCGCCCUGCAGAUUUCUCCUUGUUUUACAGGCAGCACUCCAAAAAAACAAGAUGGCGAGCUCCACAUCUAUUACUCCAGAACCUUAACCCUCUGUGCUCCUAAUCCCUGUAAGAACAAAGGAAAGUGUGAGAGGCUGCUGGACUCCAAUGAAUGGCUGUGUAACUGCCCAGAUGGUUUCUAUGGAGACAAAUGUGAAAAAAUAUUCAAAAUCAGCAAGACUCCAGUGGCUGAUAAAUUCCAGUCUGUGCCUGACAUCAGCACCAUUGACAACAAACUGAAUAAGAUGGAGUCCAGACUGGACACGAUGGAGUCCAAACUUGACAAGACUAUCAAAGUGCAAAAUCCCCAUCAGAGGAAGAAUUCUGAACCAAAUUGAUACAAACUCAAAAACCAACCACCCAUCAAGUGAUUGAGCAUCUGACAACAGCACUAAACAGUCCAAAUAUUAUCUCCUGCCAACCUGCAAAUGAAGAUGGAAGCAACUGAACCUCUGAGCUGAAAAUCUGAGACUUCCUUUUAACCUUGUGAGCACACGUUACAUUUCUUGUACAAAGAUCCAGAUGUUGUGAACACAACUUGUUUAACAAAAUCCAAAUUUUGCUUACAAAAAUUCAUCUUUUCAAAACAACAUGUUUUGUAUGAACAUGAUCAAUAUUAUGCACAACGAUCUCAUGCAAAUAUCCUUUAUAAAAUCAAUUUAAACUGCAACAAGUGAUUAUCUUGGAUCCAUAUGUUGUGAGUUGUUUUGAGAAUCGUCCAGUUAAAUCUUUGCAGCUGCAACACAACAACAUGAGGAAUGAUGUGCUGUGUGUUCAGACAGUUCAGCCAAAGGAAGAACUUAUUACUCAGUGUGGUGAUGAUGUUAGAUUGUUUACAUGUUUCACCCUCAGGAGUUUAAAAAAGACGGUAAAUAAGGAUCAGCUCUGACUUUACAAAACAUCAAAUUACUAAACUAGAAUUGUUGCAAAGUUAACAAACCUUAAAAUAACCUGUCCUCAUUGGAUAAAUAACACAUGUAUACAAGAUAAUCACUUUAACACAAAAAUCAAAUGGAUUUUUUUGGGGGGCAUGAGCAGACUCUAACUUUUUAACUCAGCUGGGAAAGUUAGAGUUUGUGUGGUCGUCAGGUUGUAAAUGUGGAACCAGAGGAAGCUCAGACUCAUCUGAAAAUCAAUACACUGGAUUAAUAACUGAAUAAAACAUCAAUAAAUGAGUUAUGAUUACAGUCAAUCACAAAUCAUCAUCAUCAUCAUCUCU